AGUACCUUGCUGACCACACUCACGCCAAGUACAGCACCACCACCACCCACCACCUCCUUCCAGUUCCCUCCACGCAGGCGACGCAGGAAGAUAGAAAGCGGAGGAUCCCUUCACGAUAAUUCUUGAAGCAUAAUCUCCCCCUAAAAAGAAAAAAAAAAAAAAAGCCUCUUGAACCUAUACCAUCUGCCAAGUGAAAAAAAAAAAAGAAAAGGAAAAAAUUUAAAAAGAUUCAGAUCAUUAUGGAUUCUGAAGGAAAUUCAUGCACGGAGUGAUGCACGAUGCAGAAAAAGAAAAAAAGAGACUCAAAUAAAGGAAGAUUGUUUAUGGUACAAUGCCAGAUGUAACAGUAAUAUAAAAGUACGAACAGGAAACGAAAAGGAACACCUGUGAGCUGAGCAGGUAGCACGCACCUACACGUUAACCCUUGUAUUAUUACGCCCACCAAAAAUUCAGUACAUGAACUGUAUUCGUAAGAUGAGGAGCUUGAUUUUGGUGAUUCUGUGUGGCGUGGCUACUGUCUCUUCCUCUAAGCCUGGUGAUUCCCUCAGCACGGAGGCACCAAACACAACUGAGGAAGUAGAGAUAUCUUACCCGCCGCCCAGAUCUUCCCUGAACGAUGCUGAGAGUGAAAACACCGCAGGUACCUUUGGUGUCAUCCUUGACCAGUGGCCUGAGUCAUCUGACACCCAUCUGGAGUACGAGGAGCUCUACCAUGACGAGGAAGUGAUGUACCCACUGGAUGAAGCGGACGACAGACGACUCGGUAAUGCGGAAAAGAGAGGGAGUGGGGUGCGGAGAUCAAGUAAAGGUUAUGUAAUGACAACACAGUAUCGCAAAGUAUCUAAGACAUCAAAAAAUGCUGACAACGAGGCUGACAAGAAGGUUAAGAGGCAAAAAAUAAAACAGAGAAAAACAGAUAAUCUCAAUCGUUCAAAACCUUUGAAGAAGAAUAAAAAGGGGGAGAAAAGUAAACUCAAAAAGAACAAAAAGAAGAAGAGGAUUAGUAAUGAAAAGGUUGUGAAGAAGAAGGCAAAAUUAGGUGGCCGAAAUAAAGUAAAGAAAGACAACCAAGUUGUCGCAAAUAAAGUAAAGAAAGACAACCAAGUUGUCGCAAAGGCAGAUGCUCGAAAGAAAAAACGGUGUCGUCCCAAGGGAUCCUGCAAAAAAGUGUCAGGCAGAUGCAAGAAAAAAUGCCACAAGAAGAAGGAGAUCGAGUCCGACACGGGAAAGUGUAGAGGGAAGCGCUGCUCGUGUUGUGUUAAAAAACCGAAGCCAUGCAAGCAGAGGGGGGAGUGCGUGGGCAAGGGCAUCUGCAGGAAGAGUUGUCUGGCGAAUGAGAUUCGUGCCGGUUACUUGCCAUGUGCCGGCAGGACGUGCACCUGCUGCCUGGUUGACGAAGGAACGUGUGGCCCAUCGGUGCAGCAUACCGAGUGCAAGGAAGCAGGAGGCACCUGCAAGCCUAAGUGUGACGGGGAGAGGGUCGUGGCUGGCCUGUGCCCAGGACCCCACUGCUCCUGCUGCAUCCCGGAAAUUCCCUGCGAUAACACUGAGAGCUGCAAGAUCAGUGGAGGGAAGUGCAAGCCAGUGUGCCUCGACACGGAGGUGCGACUGCCAGGCAACUGCGGCCAGGGAAGGUGUUUUUGCUGCGGCCAACCUCCCACCGGGUGUACCCAGAGCCCGACCUGCCCCGGCACCUGCUCCCAGACGUGCAAGGGAGUGAUCAGCCUUGAAGUUCACUGUCUCGGCUCCUCCUGUUUAUGCUGUCUAGACUGUUCUCCGAAGUCCGAGUGCACAGACGCGAAGGGAGUGUGCAAGUCUUUGUGUGGCUGCGGGGAGAAGGAAUUACCGGGUGGAUGUAACGGAGGAGGAUGCAAAUGUUGUGUUGCUGACGUGCUGGAGUGCAAGGACAAGCAAAGUCUGUCAUGUCCCAACUGCAUUUACGCUCCUCUGUGCACGGCAGACCACAUCCCUCAGGAAACAUGCGCAUCGCAGAAAGGGUGUUCCUGCUGCUAAUGGUGCUGGUGACCCUUUAGGCGGACCUUGGGCCACAGAAUUUUGACCGGUGAAACUUAAAAUCAUAGUAGUAGUAGUAGUAAUAGUAGUAGUAGUAGUAGUAGUAGUAGUAGUAGUAGUAGUAGUAAUAGGAUUUGCCUCGUAACUGAGCUGCUUCACUCCAUGACUCCAUGAUUACUAAUGAUAGUAUGUCACUUUAUUGCUUCACUUGAGUAACCCUGGACGAUCUUACUGAGCAGAGAGAGGAAUGAAAGUAAAGGAUACAAGCAACCGUCCAUCAUCACUCAUUGUGCCGUCAGUGGCAUCUUUCGACUUAACCAACCUUGAGAGGAGGAAGCCACAAUAGCUGAAAGAUAACUCAGGAAACAGAUAAAGGAGAAAUUCCAUACGCAGCUUCAUUAGUUAUCAUGGACACACACACACACACACACACACACACACACACACACACACACACACACACACAUGCACAUGCCGAUACACACAACCAGCCAAGUGUAGAAGGACGUGGAGAUGAUGGAGGAAGAAUAUGAGUGUCUGUCUCCCUGUCCGCCUGUGCCUUCUCAUGUGUUAUUGUCCGCCUCAAUCUCGGGUGUGGGAGAGCAGAAGGUUCAUCCCGGUCUCUCCUUACAGCAGGCACGUUCACUUGACUUGCCUCCCCGUCCCGUCCCGUCCCUUCCCUUCCCUUCCCUUCCCUUCCCUUCCCUUCCCUCGCCUCGCACUGCUGGCCAUCCUCAGUCACCACGUCAGCCUGGACUUCGCCUGCUGUGGGGAGACGAGAGAAGGGAAUGAUUGUAGUAUAGACAUAGUUUAGGAAAAAGUCAAACGUUCAGGGGUAUUUUUAGGCUAUUAUAUUUUGUUAUUGAAUUUUCUUGCUUUUUUUCUUUUUAGUUUCUGCUUUAAAUGUUUGUUUGUUUUUUUGUCUUUCUCACACUGUGAUGAUAUGAAAAUUACAACUAUUUAUAAUUCAGGAAAAGCUAAUUAUUUAUUCAGAUUCUACAAUGGUAUGAAGAUUCUUGAGUUCUUACGUUAUUAUUAUUAUUAUUAUUAUUAUCAUUAUUAUUAUUAUUAUUAUUAUUACUACUACUACUACUACUACUACUACUACUACUACUACUACUACUACUACUACUACUACUACUACUACUUCUAUCAUAACUGUUACUGUGAUUAUUACACUAAUCUGCACAGGGUUGUCAGUUAAUUCACGCAAGAUAUAUAUCAGUUCUUCAACACAUAAUAUGACCAGUUCUCUUCAUUGCAGUUACUCUAAUGUGUCAUCCACGAACACAAACCUAACAGUCAAACAAUACUGGGAAAAAAACAGGAAUUCUUUAUAGAAAAAACAGACAUUAAAUAGAAGACUCGUAGCUACUCUCUCUCUCUCUCUCUCUCUCUCUCUCUCUCUCUCUCUCUCUCUCUGCACGGGAUAAGUGACGCACGUAAUAACAGUGACGGGGCGCGGUUCGUAACGUAGAGUUGUGUGGGGCAAUGUUACAAUCUCGGUAUCACAUCACCAUCUCAAUUGCUAUUAGAUAACACUAAGGUAAAGCUACUGGGUCUGCUGUUGAUGGUUCUUCCUUUGCGUUCAUUUGUGUUCCUAAGUUCCCAUAUUAGGUCAUAGGUAGCACUUUUCUUCUUUAGUCUCAUCAUUGUGGAUAUUACAUGUUUUAAAUCCAAUAUGGUAGUAGCACAUUUUUUUUUCUUUAAUUCCAUCAUGGUAGAUAACUUUUUUUCUAAUUUCAACAUGGAAAGUAGCACAUUUUUGUUUUAUUUUAGAAUGGUACGUUGCCCAUUUUCUUCUAAUUCGAUUUCAACGUAGUAGGCGGCACGUCUUGUACUACUCAUUUGUAGCUGGGAACACAAAGGAUGACAAACUUUGGUAACACUUCUUUUCUUAUUCAGGGGCAGUGAGGUAUCUACUUAUCAUGGUGCUGGUGUAGUGGUAUAUAUUAUGGUAGCACUGGUGAGGGUGUGCAUGUGAUUUGUAUGUAAAAUAAAGGUGUAUGCACUGGG